UGCCCACCAUUAGAAAACCCGCCUUCCGUUCUUUUGUAUAAAAACGUAUCGGACAUAGCCCUUGAUAUCUGUGCGAUAUGUAAUUCAAGAUACGUGCGUCUAGUUGUUUCGGAGUUCUCUCUAACCCCAAAUCCUAACCUAAGAAAUCACAGAGUAAAUGAAAAAAUUCCUACUAGUUUAGUUGAUAUUGACCGACCAACCAUUUUUGAGCUAAUUACUGAAAAGUCUGAUAUUAUUAAUCCAACC